CAUACUCACACUCACUCUCAAAACCCGCCUCGGGUCAGCUUCGUGACAUCGGAAUCCGGGGGCUUCCGAACCUCGGUAUCUCUCCUCUGCAUUUCAGAUGUGACUUGCUUGGCACGCAACGAUUGGCGAUUAUUCCGCGAGAUCCCGUGCUGGGAAAGCUCCCUUAGCCCGUGGCCAGGCUGAAUGGCUGAUAAGAGGUGGAUUAAGAGGAGAGUUAGACAGACCAAUAGCUGCUGCCAGUGGGAGUAUUUGUUAUUCACAUGGAAGAGACUUUGCGUUGUGCUCUGGAAUCGCAGCCCCUUUCAGCACCAAGAACAGCUACAAGUGCAGCUCCCAGUCCCAGGCUCUCACAGCCGCAUGCCCUGACAUGGAGCUGCAAGCAGCCAAGGCGGGCUUCUUUACAGCACCCUCUGCCUGAAAUAGGGAAUAGUUCUGCUGCAGGGCUGACUUCAUGUAUUGUUGACCUCCUCCCAACAUCAGAACCUCAGAUAUUCUAAUUAUCUCAUCAGUAUAUGGAAGCUGAAUUGAUUAAUAGAGAAACUUGAAUCAUAUGGGCCCAAUGGAAAUUCACUGUGAAGCUCACAUCCAGAAACCUUGCUGAAACACAUAGAGCCCUUACUUCAUGGGCCCUAAUGGUAGCCUUCAGAAGGUACAGCUUCAUAUGGUCCCCUUCCUUCUGCAGCAAGAAUAAACUUUGGGUCUUGGAUUAUAAUACCACUUGUGGAGAAAAUGGUAUGCGAAGGAAAGCGGUCGCCCUCUUGCCCUUGUUUCUUCCUCCUGACAGCCAAGUUCUACUGGAUUCUUACCAUGAUGCAAAGAACUCACAGCCAGGAAUAUGCUCAUUCUAUUCGAGUGGAUGGGGAUGUCAUUUUGGGAGGACUAUUCCCUGUCCAUGCAAAAGGAGAUAGAGGGGUACCUUGUGGAGAGUUGAAGAAGGAAAAAGGGAUCCACAGACUAGAGGCCAUGCUAUAUGCAAUAGACCAGAUCAAUAAAGAUCCUGAUCUCCUUGCCAAUAUCACUCUCGGGGUCCGGAUCCUGGACACUUGUUCCCGAGACACUUAUGCUCUAGAGCAAUCUUUAACAUUUGUGCAAGCAUUAAUAGAGAAAGAUGCUUCGGAUGUGAAAUGCGCUAAUGGAGAUCCACCCAUUUUCACUAAGCCCGACAAGAUAUCAGGGGUCAUAGGUGCUGCAGCAAGUUCUGUAUCUAUCAUGGUUGCUAAUAUUUUAAGACUUUUUAAGAUACCUCAAAUCAGCUAUGCAUCGACAGCUCCAGAGCUCAGUGAUAACACCCGGUACGACUAUUUUUCCCGAGUGGUUCCACCUGACUCCUAUCAAGCUCAAGCCAUGGUCGAUAUUGUGACAGCUCUUGGAUGGAAUUAUGUGUCAACCCUGGCUUCGGAGGGGAACUAUGGCGAGAGUGGUGUGGAAGCAUUUACGCAGAUCUCCAGGGAAAUCGGUGGUGUUUGUAUUGCUCAGUCACAGAAAAUCCCCCGUGAACCACGGCCUGGAGAAUUUGACAAAAUCAUCAAACGUUUAUUGGAAACACCUAAUGCUCGGGCAGUGAUCAUGUUUGCCAAUGAGGAUGACAUCAGGCGAAUAUUGGAAGCUGCCAAAAAAGUAAAUCAAAGUGGGCAUUUUCUCUGGAUUGGCUCAGAUAGUUGGGGUUCAAAAAUAUCACCUGUCUAUCAACAAGAAGAAAUUGCUGAAGGAGCUGUAACUAUUCUACCGAAAAGAGCUUCAAUUGAUGGAUUUGACCGAUAUUUUAGAAGCCGGACUCUUGCCAAUAAUCGAAGGAAUGUGUGGUUUGCUGAAUUUUGGGAGGAGAAUUUUGGAUGCAAAUUAGGAUCACAUGGAAAAAGGAAUAGUCAUAUCAAGAAAUGCACAGGAUUAGAACGAAUUGCCCGGGAUUCCUCCUAUGAGCAAGAAGGGAAAGUCCAGUUUGUAAUCGAUGCAGUAUAUUCCAUGGCUUAUGCCCUUCACAAUAUGCAUAAAGAUCUCUGUCCUGGCUAUAUUGGUCUUUGUCCACGAAUGAGCACAAUUGAUGGUAAAGAGCUCCUUGGUUAUAUUCGGGCUGUAAACUUUAAUGGCAGUGCUGGCACACCAGUCACUUUCAAUGAAAAUGGAGAUGCUCCUGGGCGUUAUGACAUUUUCCAGUAUCAGAUAAACAACAAGAGUACAGAAUAUAAAAUAAUUGGUCACUGGACUAACCAGCUUCACCUAAAUGUGGAAGACAUGCAGUGGGCUAAUAGAGAGCAUACUCAUCCGGCAUCUGUCUGCAGUCUGCCAUGCAAGCCUGGGGAAAGGAAGAAAACGGUCAAAGGAGUCCCCUGCUGCUGGCAUUGUGAGCGGUGUGAAGGUUAUCAUUACCAGGUAGAUGAACUGACUUGUGAACUUUGCCCUUUGGAUCAAAGACCCAACAUCAACCGCACAGGCUGCCAGCUCAUUCCCAUUAUCAAGUUGGAAUGGCAUUCUCCCUGGGCAGUAGUGCCCGUGUUCAUUGCUAUCCUGGGAAUCAUCGCCACCACCUUUGUCAUCCUGACCUUUGUCCGCUACAAUGACACUCCAAUCGUGAGGGCGUCUGGGCGGGAGCUAAGCUAUGUGCUCUUGACCGGAAUCUUCCUCUGUUACUCGAUCACUUUUUUAAUGAUCGCCGCACCAGACACAAUCAUCUGCUCCUUCCGGCGGAUCUUUCUGGGGCUAGGCAUGUGUUUCAGUUACGCAGCCCUACUGACCAAAACAAACAGAAUCCACCGGAUAUUUGAACAAGGAAAAAAAUCCGUCACAGCUCCCAAGUUUAUAAGCCCGGCGUCCCAGUUGGUGAUCACCUUCAGCCUCAUCUCCUUGCAGCUUCUGGGAGUCUUUGUCUGGUUUGCUGUGGACCCCCCACAUAUCAUCAUUGACUAUGGCGAACAGAGGACACAGGAUCCCGAGAAUGCCAGAGGGGUGCUCAAAUGUGAUAUUUCUGACCUGUCGCUUAUUUGUUCACUCGGAUACAGUAUCCUCUUGAUGGUCACGUGUACUGUUUAUGCCAUUAAAACCAGAGGUGUCCCAGAGACCUUCAAUGAAGCGAAACCCAUUGGAUUUACAAUGUAUACCACGUGCAUCAUUUGGUUAGCUUUUAUUCCCAUCUUUUUUGGUACAGCACAGUCAGCAGAAAAGAUGUACAUCCAGACAACAACACUUACCGUCUCCAUGAGUUUAAGUGCUUCGGUAUCUCUAGGCAUGCUCUACAUGCCCAAGGUUUAUAUUAUAAUUUUUCACCCUGAACAGAAUGUUCAGAAAAGGAAGCGGAGCUUCAAGGCUGUGGUGACAGCUGCCACCAUGCAAAGUAAACUGAUCCAAAAGGGAAAUGGCCGUCCAAAUGGCGAGGUGAAAAGUGAGCUCUGUGAAAGUCUAGAAACCAACACUUCCUCUACCAAGACAACAUAUGUCAGCUACAGCAAUCAUGCAAUCUGAAGAGAGAAAUGAAAUCAAUCUGAAGAACUGCGGUAUGUGAUCUUAACAACGAAUAUGACACCACCAAAAACUCACUCUUGGAAAUCUCUGUAGACUACAAUCAAUCAAUAGUCAGUCUCUUAAAGAGCAAAAAUAAAUCAUGAGCCAAAAGUAUCGGUAAUGGGGAGGAAAGAAAUCUGUUUUAAAAGAUACAACCAAUGAGUUUAAAGCUCAAGAAUUGCUUACUCAUGAGAAGUUUUUAAAAAAAAAAUCACAAAAGGAAAACUAAUGUUAGCUUGUGAAAAAAAAAUGCUGUUGAAAUAAACCAUGUCUGAUGUUAUUCUUGUAAGUAAUUUUUUGUGAUUGUGAGAACUCCCAUUCCUGUCCUACAUUGUUCAACUUGUAUAAGACAAUGAGUCUGUUUCUUGUUAAUGGCUGACUGGAUUGAAGCCCUGGGUUGUGCUAAAAAUUAAUGCAAUGGUUGAAGCAUGCACAUUUUUAUACAAAUAAUUUAUUUCUAAUAAUAAAGGAAUGUUUUGCAAAUGUUGAGACUUGUUUCGUUGCAGUUUUAAAGGCAGGGGGACCCUUCUCUUUGCAACUGGCCCUAUUCCCACUGUUGUUUAACUCCUGCUAUAAAAGGCCUGGUGUGUUUAAGGGUCCUUGAAGAAUGUGCUGUUGGUGUGUUGGUGUAUGUGUGAAUGAGAGAAUGUGUAUUUUAUUACUAUACCAAGAGAAGUUAUUUGUAUAAGAACUCGUGAAUAUUUCAAGAUUCCCCAAAGUAGUUUUUCAUAGUUAAUUUCAUUUUUUAAAAAAUGAGAAUUCAAGAAAUAGCUCAAGGCAGAAUGCUCAAGGUACUUAUUCCAACCAAUAAAUAAUGACUCAGAAACUUUUAUUUUGAGAAUAUUUGUACUAUUGUGAUCAUCUGAUUCUGAACAAGAUAGAAUUUUAGUGAAAACUCCCUGAAAUUCCCCUUUAUUUAUCUAAGUGCAAACCACUUUUGUGUAAUAGAACAUUUGAAACAGAGCAGUAUUAACCAUUUCCUAUCUGAGAAAGCAAAACUAUUUGUUUUCAUAGAAGCCUUAUGAAAAUCAAUGAAGUAAUGGGCCCUAACUAACUAGUACAUUAUCCAUGAACACAGAGUUACUUUAUUUAUUCCUCCAGAAUGAUUAAAGCAAUCAUGGUUCACAUAGUAUGUCAGUGCUUUCUAAUUUUCCCAAUGAAAACAUGCAUUGGUUCAUAGAACAGCACCAUUAGAAAGAGAAAACAUGGAAGCAAAGUAAAUAUUGGUUGCUAAUAAAGCAUACCAAGCCAGUUGAAAAAAGAAUGCUAGAGGUUUUCAACUCUGUUACUAUUUCUGUCUUGGGCUUCUCUAUUCCAUAAUGUUUCAACUAUCCAUCAAGUCUAUGGGUCUCCACAAUCAUUUUGUAAGUAAUUGUUCUCUCUGCUGAAUUAGCUUGGAUGGCUCAUUGGUCUUCUUAUAGAUAUAAAGAGUUAUCUGUGCAACAUUUCCUCAACCCAGAUAUUAGAAACAAUGUUGUUACUUUAUUUAAUGCUCUAAGCCUAAAGUAGUCAAAGCUCAAAUUCAUGACAGUAUCAUUUUCUCAAUCUCUUGACUGCCAGAAGGAUCACCUGCCUUGAAAUUAGCUUUUAUUGACAAUUAAAUUUUACCUGGGAACAUACAUACUUAUAUCUAUCCUGUUUGUGAACCAAAGAUUUUAAAAAUUCCUUUUCAAAUUCUUGAAUAAUUAAUUGGAUAUAAUAAACUGACAGGGUAGACCAAAAAUAAGUAAACCCACUCAUAUUUGAACAUAAUAAUGUGUAGUAUUCAUGUCCUCAGAAUCAAACACUGGCUAACAUCUAAAAAAAAAAGCAUAAAUUUUGUUAUCAAAUUGCACUUAACUUCCUCAAAAUAAUUGUACAUCAGUUUAAGAAAAACCUUUUGACUUAAGAGUAACGGAACAGUAAUAUAUGUUUAUAGCACCAAAUAGUCUGAAUUUCUUAGGUCUUGUUUUUCACCACCACAAACAAAUUUCCACUCCUUUUUUUAGUAUUUUUUUAUAGUGGAUGUAGAUAUAUUAGCAUAAUCAUGGAAAGGCAAAAUCAGCUAUUGACUCAAAAUUUUAUUAUGGCAGGUUUGGGAAUAUAGAUGUCAAGUUGAGUGCCAAUGUAAAGUAUUUCAAAUGUUAAUUGUUGAGGAGUUAAUGAUUUAGUUCCUAGUAAGGCACCCCAAAGACAGUGGUUACUGAUGUAUAGUUGUCUAAAUUGGCAACCAGAAUUUAUUGUUUCCCUAGGGAAAUACUAUCUUGAUUGCAACUUUAGAUUCUAGGAACACAAUUCUCCAACCCUAGAAAAUGAAUAAGUACUCUUUCAUUUUACUUCUCACACUGGAAAUAAAGAAUGUCUUGUUUCCUUUGAAUGUGUUGUAGGUCUUAAGGAUAUAACUGUAGCAUUCUGCAGCUAGCAGAGGAUUGGAAAAAAAAGAUUAGUUUUCCAUUGGCCAUAUUGGUGGGGGAAGGUAUAGAUGUAUAGCUAGCAGUUCACUAAUAUGGUAGGAAUUGCCUUUAUACAUAAUUAACAGCAAGCAGAAUUGUAAUACAAAAGCUUACCAAAGUAUUGCUUGGCAAUGAUCUUGUGUUUUAUUCUGAUAAUGAAAUUAAAUGAUUUCAGCAUAGUAGCAAAAAUGCUAAAGAUUCUUUUAAUAUUUAUUUAAUAUUUAGCAAAUUCAGAAUGUUGUGAAAUAGGCUCUAGAUCCAGAUUGAGAAAAUGAGGUAUAUAGAACUGCUUUGGCAACUGUUUUGUUUCCUUGAUCAAAUCACUUAAAAUUUCUAGAUUUCAUU